AUGACUUGGUUAGUGAUAGGGGACCUAAACAUAAUCUUUAAUAGUGAGGAAAAAUUAGGGGGACUUCCCUUUAAUAGGGAAAAAGUUGAACCUAUCUUGAAUCUAAUUCAAAGAACUGGUCUGGAAGAUUUGGGAUUUAGUGGAAAUAUCUUCACUUGGAGUAAUAAGAGAGAAGGUACUGCUAAUAUUAAACAAAGGCUAGACAUGGCUAUGGCUAAUGCAGAAUGGAAUAUUGAAUUCCAUGAUGCAUCACUUCAACAUUUGGUAGCCAUAGGUUAUGAUUAUGGACUUAUUAGUCUGUCAAUUAACUUUAAUCAGGUCAAGCUUAGUCCAACUUUCAAAUUCUAUGAUACUUGGCUCAAGGAGGAGUCAUGUUUACAAGUCAUACAAAAUUCUUCGAGACAGGAAAUAACAAAUAACCCUGACAUGGAUCUCUUAAACAACAUUCAAGCUCUAGGUGACAAUCUAGGAAUUUUGAAAAGAGAUAUUUUCUGA